ACUCAUCAACUCCUUCAACCAUUUUCUUUCUUUCUUGGCUUGGCGACAUUCGCGGCAGACAGAGUGGAACAAUAUAGGGAUAAUCCCGUUCGUUUGGCUCUCUUACACGCGAUCUUCUAAGAUUACUUAAAUCUAAACUAUAAAGCAAAGGUUUAAAGAAACACCGACGCAGUCCACGCUAGUAUUCUACUAGUAAUAUCAUCCACCUGGUUUAGCUGAAAAUUUGGCAUGCAAAUGCUGCAUGUAAUGACGAUGAAAAUACAUUAAACUUCAAGCAUUCGUAUCAGGAGUCAAAGAUAGCUAUAAUCAUCGUAAAAAACCCAAAGAAAACCUCAAUCAAAAUGGGAAGCACCUUCAGUAACAUGGUUGUUACAACACUUCUUAGUUCAUGUCUUUUGAUGAUGCACUUGAAUGCAGCACCAGUUUGUAAUUUUCAUAAAUUAAAGCAUGAUGAAAUUGGCUUAUGUGGUCCUAAUGGCACAACAUGGCAUUGCCCCUCGUGUCAACCUGGUUAUGGACAAUUAGUGGAAUGUGGGAGAAAGUAUCCUGAAGGAACUAAAGUUGGAUGUGUUCCAUGCAAAGAGAACCAUACAUACUCAGACACCUACGACAUUAGUCAGUGCAAGCAAUGUACUCGUUGUCAAGAAAAUGAAGUUCAGAGUGGACAAUGUACACGAGAAAAUGACACUAUACGAUGUACCUGUAAACGUGGUUAUUAUAGGGACAGAGGACACUGCAAGCCCUGCAGCUGGUGUUGUGGGGAUAAGACUAAUGAGAAGGUACCUGAAUGUAAUAUUCCACAAGUAGUGCCAAUGGGAAAACAAUGUUCUUUACAGACUGCAAGAAAUUGUGCUCCAACGACUCCUGCACCAAGUACCAUAUCAAUUACUACUGUUAUUGCUCCAAUUACUUCACCAAUGACUGCCUUCACAACUGAACAAACUAGUAGCAAAGAAUCCAAAAAUAGAUCCAAUUCCAUUAACAUUAAUACAAAUGACCCAGAAAGCACUACAAAGGAUUAAAAAAAAACUGACAAGGAACAUAGUGGUGGAAAAGAUAGUGGAGAGAGCACAUUUUCCCAAAACAAUGCAUGGAUUACAGCAACAAUUGUCGUAGUGGUCAUUAUCUUUCUCGCUCUGCUGUCUACAUAUUGUUGCUGCAAUGAAAGAAGCAGUAAGUUUUUAUACCUACUUACCUUUUUAUAAUUAUUACUAUGCAGUAAAAAAUCUCUUGUGACAUCUUUCUUGACAGCUACUGUGUAGUUCCAUAAAAUAUCCAUACCCCACCCACAAAGUAAAUUGGAAGUUCUGGAGGGGAGGGGUUAGAGAAAAAACAAAAAUACGGAGUUUGAAUGGAAGAAAAUUGGAAGUUCCUGGGGGUACAGGGGUCCUUUUACAAAUUUCCUCUGUGGUUGGGGGAUGGAUAUGUUCUGGAACUAUACACAUUAAACUCUUAAUAUGCUUAAUUAUAUUGCUAGCUGUAGUUAUGAACACUUACAGUGUGACUAUACCACAAUCAGGGCCACCUAGACAGCAGGAACCAAUCAAAUUGUAGAAUGAAUUUGAAAACAUUACCAUAACAAUCAGAAACCUAGAGCGCAGGAGAAUGGUAAUAUGACCCUGAUGUUAUUACAUGUAAACAACUAGAUAGCCAUCGUCAUUUUUUCAUGGGAAUAAAAGGAUAUGUUGAAAGGC